CCGCAGGUGUGUCUCCCGGUCCUGUGGCUGCCUGCCCCACUCCCUGCCCAGGCGCCCGCCAGCAAAGUCAGCUCCCCUGCAGCCCAGAGAGCCCAACACAGCGCAGCCCAGUGCCCCGGGAUGGAAGCUGCAGACGCCUCCAGGAGCAACGGGUCCACCCCAGAAGCCAGGGACUCCCGCAGCCCGCAGGGCCCCAGUGGCGGCCUGGAGAACGGCACCAAGGCCGAUGGCAAGGACGCCAAGACCACCAACGGCCACAGCGGGGAGGCGGCCGAGGGCAAGGGCCUGGGCAGCGCCCUGAAGGCCGCGGAAGGAAAGAGCGCCCUGUUCUCGAGCUCUGAGUGGCGGAGGCCCAUCAUCCAGUUUGUGGACUCCGUGGACGACAAGGGCUCCAACUACUUCAGCAUGGACUCUGCCGAAGGCCGGCGGUCACCCUACGCCGGCCUGCAGCUUGGUGCCGCCAAGAAGCCACCGGUCACCUUUGCCGAGAAGGGAGAGCUGCGUAAGUCCAUCUUCUCGGAGGCCCGCAAGCCCGCCGUGUCCAUCAUGGAGCCGGGAGAGGGCCGCAGGAACAGCUCCCCCCGGGCCGACGCGGGCCUCCUGCUGCGGUCCAAGGCGGGCUCCGAGGAGGUGCUGUGCGACUCGUGCAUCGGCAACAAGCAGAAGGCGGUCAAGUCCUGCCUGGUGUGCCAGGCCUCCUUCUGCGAGCUGCACCUCAAGCCCCACCUGGAGGGUGCCGCCUUCCGCGACCACCAGCUGCUCGAGCCCAUCCGGGACUUCGAGGCCCGCAAGUGCCCCCUGCACGGCAAGACCAUGGAGCUCUUCUGCCAGACCGACCAGACCUGCAUCUGCUACCUCUGCAUGUUCCAGGAGCACAAGAACCACAGCACCGUGACGGUGGAGGAGGCCAAGGCUGAGAAGGAGACGGAGCUGUCGCUGCAGAAGGAGCAGCUGCAACUGAAGAUCAUUGAGAUCGAGGAUGAAGCUGAGAAGUGGCAGAAGGAGAAAGACCGCAUCAAGAGCUUUACCACCAACGAGAAGGCCAUCCUGGAGCAGAACUUCCGGGAGCUGGUGCGGGACCUGGAGAAGCAGAAGGAGGAAGUGAGGGCCGCCCUGGAGCAGCGGGAGCAGGACGCUGUAGACCAAGUGAAAGUGAUCGUGGACGCGCUCGACGAGAGGGCCAAAGUGCUGCACGAGGACAAGCAGAUCCGGGAGCAGCUGCACAGCAUCAGCGACUCAGUGCUGUUUCUGCAGGAAUUUGGCGCCUUGAUGAGCAAUUAUUCUCUGCCCCCGCCCCUGCCCACCUACCACGUCCUGCUGGAGGGGGAGGGCCUGGGACAGUCACUCGGCAACUUCAAGGACGACCUGCUCAAUGUGUGCAUGCGCCACGUCGAGAAGAUGUGCAAGGCGGACCUAAGCCGUAACUUCAUCGAGAGGAACCACAUGGAGAACGGCGGGGACCAUCGUUACAUGAACAACUACACAAACAGCUACACGAGCGAGUGGAGUACGCCUGACACCAUGAAGAGGUACUCCAUGUACCUCACGCCCAAGGGUGGGGCCCGCACUUCCUACCAGCCGGGGUCUCCGAGCCGCCUCUCCAAGGAGACCAACCAGAAGAAUUUCAGCAAUCUGUACGGCACCAAAGGUAACUACACCUCCCGGGUCUGGGAGUACUCGUCCUCGGUCCAGAGCUCCGACGACCUGCCCGCAGUCCAGGGCAGCUCCUCUUUCUCCCUGAAAGCAGGCACUGGGAAAAGCCCCUAUCAGUUCACCACCCUGAGACAGGCCACUGCACAGCUUUCCAAACCACUGGAUGGCAGUGGGCUGUUUAAGAACGAUCCCGGCUAUCCCUCGCUCGUACGCAGUCAAGUCCCCAAGGCCCAGCCCCAGACUUGGAGAUCUGGCAAGCAGACCCUGCUGUCUCACUACCGGCCCUUCUACGUCAACAAAGGCAAUGGCAUGGGCUCCAAUGAGGCCCCGUGAGCUUCGGGCAGAAGGAACAAGGCACCGCCGCUCCUGCCUCCCUGCUGGUCCCGCCACGCGCCUGCCUUGGCAACUGCUGUGCUCAUCUGCAUGGGAGGGAGCCGGCCCACACCCCCGCCCCGCCCCCUGCCAGCCCUCUCCGGGCCUCCCAGGCUCCCCUCCCCGAGCUGGCCGUGCUCCACCCAGGCCCCUCCCCGGCUUGGUGGUGUCUGAUGGCUGCCCUUGCUCCUGUGCUCAUGGCCAACCUGUUGCAGGGUGAGGGACCAGGGGCUUCUCUGCCCGAACCCAGGUCUCAGCCUGCCCCUCCCGCCCGUGCCCCGCUGUCCGUGGCCUGUUGGCCAUCUGUCACCAAGGCCCUGCCUCCCCAGUGUGGUCAGUAGGUGCCUGGCCACCAUGACAGCUGCCCAGCUGCCAUCGCUAUGGACUCGCCCCCUCCUUCCCGGUGCCCUGGCCGCGUCAGAAGACUGUCCAGCCUGCCUGGCUGGGCCGGGCCCAUCCUGCAGCCUCGGGCCGCUGCUGGGAGACCACCCAGUCGCUGCACCCCGUGAGUGUGUGGUCCUGGAAGCCAGGAUCUCCUGGCUGCAGGGCGAUCUCACCACGAUGUCGCUCUUCCACCUGCGGACAUAAGCAAACCCUCAACACGGUGUGGUCCAGCUCAGGCCAGCUGCCGCCCAGCCGCCUGGAGGAGGCCCUGUCUCCCUGUAGAAUUCCACCAAGUGGGCGAUUCGCAGUUCUCCCCGGCGAUGGGGAGUGCACGGGCCGGGCGGGUAACAGCCGGUGCUACCUGCAAGGGUGCCUUACACUCUGCCUCCAUCAGGCAGGCUGCCUCUUCCCUCUGACUCCUCUGUGUCGUGAGGGGCCGGGAGAUGAAUGCCAUUGGCAGCAGGGUGGGCUCAUCUCCUCUGCCACUGUGGAGGGGCCGGUUUGCAGGGUGGGCAGGAGACCCCCGCUUGGGCUUCGCCCCUGAAUAAACAUUGCUCACUCGC